AUGCGCGCUAUUCUCUUACUCGCUUUUGUCUGCACAUUCGCUGCAGUUCAAUCAGAUGAAGCUCCAGUUCGACAAAAUCGUCCGCUGUCCUCAACAAACUUCGACAAGAUCACAAUUGAUGGAAACUUCGAUGUGUUCCUCACUCAAACAAACGGACAACCAGCUCCCAGUGUCGAAAUCGAAGCCCCUCCAAGUGUCCAACCAAAAAUAAUCGUCGAAAUUCGUGAUGGUAGCACUCUAUCAGUUCACACCGAUGGUCAAUUUACAACAAAUUCAAAAAUCAAUGUUUACAUUAAAUUUCCAUCUCCAUUACGUCGUUAUGCCGUUACAGGCACUGGUAAAACUGUUACAGAUGCUGCUGGAAUUUCUAACUCAGGCAAUGACGUUCUUUCUGUUAACAUUGGCGGUUCAGUCAGUCUUGAAAUGAAACUCGAUGUUUUUCAAUUAGACAUCGACGCUUCCGGAACUGCUAGUGCUCAAUUUACUGGUCAAGCUCGUGAACUUUUGAACAUCCACAGCAAUGGUGUGAAUAAAAUUGAUACUGUCAAUUUGCAAACAAAGAAAGCUAAAGUUUCGGUGUCUGGUUUAAGUGAAGUCCGAGUAGCGGCGACUGAAGAUGCCGAUUUGGAAACACUUGGUGUCGGAACAAUUUAUUACCGAUUACCAGCUGGAAAACACCCAAGUCGAAUGAAUUCAAUUGGUAUCGGCAAAAUCGCCCCACUUCCUUAA